AUGACGAGCGAGACCCCUCACCAGCAGCUGGAUCCUCCGCCUCCUCUGAGAUCUAGUCCGGUGCCCGGCGUGCUGCAUCCCGCCAUGCUGAGCUCCACACAAGCCGCCUCGGAAAGCUCGUCCGCUCUCGUCAAAGGGAAGAAAAGUAGCUCCGGUUUGAGGCGGCCAGAAAAACCUCCGUAUUCCUAUAUCGCACUGAUCGUCAUGGCAAUACAAAGCUCCCCGACCAAACGGCUGACGCUCAGCGAAAUAUAUCAAUUCCUCCAGGCCCGUUUCCCAUUCUUCAGGGGCGCUUAUCAGGGAUGGAAAAAUUCAGUCCGGCACAAUCUGUCGCUUAAUGAGUGCUUUAUCAAGCUGCCCAAGGGACUGGGAAGACCGGGGAAAGGCCACUAUUGGACCAUUGAUCCUGGGAGCGAGUUUAUGUUCGAGGAGGGUUCGUUUCGGCGUCGACCCAGAGGCUUCAGAAGAAAGUGUCAAGCCCUGAAACCCAUGUAUAGGAUGAUGAAUGGCAUCGGAUUCGGCACGUCCAUUCUGCCACAGAGUUUUGACUUCCAGCCUCCUUCUGCGACGCUCGCCUGUCACAGCAACAGCUACAACUUGGAUAUGAUGAGCAAUUCCAUGGCCGGAGGCUACGACGGGCUUGGGGGUGGCCACCAUGUACCCCACAUGUCUCCUAGCCCGGGAUCCACUUACAUGGCGAGCUGCCCCGUGCCACCCAACGGUGAAUACGGGCCGGAGAGCAGCAGCAGUCCAGUACCGUCCUCUCCGGCCAUGGCGAGCGCCUUGGACGGCCACUCCCCGUUCGCGAGUACGUCCGCACACUGGGCUGCCUCAAGCGGAUCACCUUACAUCAAACAGCAGCCUUUAACCUCCAGCAGUCCAGCAUCAAAUUCUCUGCACUCCGGCAUGUCGCCUUACUCCCUGGAGCAAACCUACAUUCACCAAAACGGCAGGGAGAGCCAUAGUGACCUAUCAGUGGGCAUUCCGCGUUAUCAGAGCCACUGCGAUAGGAAAGAUUUUGUGUUCAACUUUAAUGGCAUCUCGUCUUUUCAUCCCACUGCUGGCGGCUCCUACUAUCACCAUCAUCACCAUCAUCAUCCUCAGAGCGUAUGUCAGGACAUCAAGCCGUGCGUCAUGUGA